GUACUUUAUAAUUUUGCACAAACUCUUUCUUGGGUACAAAAUGGGGUUUAUAAGAUUUGUAGUAUUAUCUAAAGAUUUAGAAGUAACAUUUCAAAAUAACUUCGAUAAAUGAGCAUAAGAGUUUGCCUAAAAUUGAUAAAUGAACAAAACCGGACACCGGAGUUGGCUUCACUCGGGAAGCCACUCGGUUCAUUUGCACCCAAACCGGAGUUGGCUUUACACGGGAAAAGUUAGGUGUAGGCGCCGCUUAUAAAAAAAACCAUAAAGUUUGGUAAUAACGCCGCCGGAAAGGGUGAAAAAGAAGCAGACGGAAAAACAACUAACACCCGGCGCUGUUCUGAAAUCCAUGGAGUCAACUGUAGCAAUGGCGGUAUCACUUCAUUCCAUCAAAAUCAAGUCCACUCCAAACCCAUUUUCCCCAUUCCCAAUCUUCAAAACCCCUUCUUUUACCCCACUGCCGACCAAAAUUUUCGCCAUCAAAGCUUGUUCUGCCUCCUCCUCCUCCUCUACAUCAUCCACUCCCAAUCCGGUUGUUUCCACCCUUAGAACUUCCGCCGCCGCCUUAAUUUUCUCUGCAGCGGUGUUCGGCAGAGCGGCUCAGUUGCCGGCCCGGGCGGAGCCUCCACCGAAUUUAACACAAGAGAUAGACGAAUCCCAGAUUGAAUCAACAACUGAGAAGAUUCCAGAAGUUGUUAAAGAGAAGGAGAAUUCGCCGUUUACCCAGUUUUUGGAAUCCAAUUCAGAAGCUGUGGAGGCGUUGAGUAGUUUGCUCCAGAAGAAACUUGAGGCCGGAGAGGAUGAAGAAGGGUUGAAGAUAUUGAGGAAAUUGUGCUCUGCUCAGCCGGAUAAUCUUCAGUGGAAGUUUUUAAUGGCUAGGUUGUUGAAUGAAAUGGGGAAUGCCCAGGAAGCAAGAUUGGUUUUUGAGGACAUUUUGUCGGUCAAUCCGCUGUCGUUUGAAGCAUUGUUUGAAAAUGCGAUUUUGAUGGAUAGAUGCGGAGAAGGAGAGGCUGUGUUGAAGAGGUUGGAGGAGGCAUUGAAGAUUGCUGAUGAGGAGAACAAAGUGAAGGAGGCUAGAGAUGUGAGGUUUAUAAUGGCUCAAGUUCAGUUCUUGCAGAAGAAUGUGGAUGAAGCAUUGAAGAGUUAUGAUGAGCUUGAGAAGGAGGAUCCUAAGGAUUUCAGGCCUUAUUUCUGUAAAGGGAUGAUUUUUAGCUUGCUUGAUAGGAAUGAAGAAGCUAGAGAACAGUUUGCUAUGUAUAAGAAGCUUUCUCCAAAGAAAUUUGAGGUUGAAGGGUACUUGAGGACACCAUUAUCAAAGAUGAAGCUUUUUGGAACUGGCGAAGAUGAUGAGAAUUGAGGAUAUAUGGCUUGUGAUCCAAACUCCAAAAUUUUGACCAAUAAACGGGUUCUCUUUUUCUUCUCCUUGAUGCCCGCAUAGAUAUGUAUUUGAGGAAUCACCAAUUAUUUAGGUUUUGCUCAUAUAUUAGGUGAAAAUGCAUUUGACAACAGGAUACUUAAUAGAAUAUGGUAUAUGGUAUAAGGAAUUUCAGGGACAUUGACGCUCUUGAGCUUGAGCUUUCUUUGGUAAUUAGAACAAUCCUCAUGAGGUGCUUGAUCAUUUGAAUAAAGUCUUGUAUGUUUUAGUUGAAUUCUCUCUAUCGAAUGUUAACUUUUGCUCUUUCUUUUCUUCCCUUCUAUUUUGCUGCUUUCAACUUGUUAUGGUUCGCUAAAGUACCUACCUAUAAGCAUGAGAUUCAAUUGGUGUUUAGUUUUGUUGUGAUUUUUCCGUUUUUAAAGAAAGUUUCUGCUUUCUCAUUGAAGGAUUUGAUUUCAUUCCUGAAUAGUCGUUUCUUGGUUGAGAUCGAUGUUCCUCAGUAAGUAGGAAAACUAAUGAUUGUAUAACAUAAUUGUGCCAAACCUUAGUUAAAGUUUUGACAGUCACAUAGUGCCUACCACAUCAAUAGAUCAUCCAAGCAAAUAGAGAACACCCAAUGACCUGUGAUGCAUCAGCUCUUUGAAGAAUCUUGUCUUGGCUCUAACUUUGGAGAGUGAGUCAUACCAAAAAUCAAAGAUAAGAAAACAGAUCAAGUUGUAACUCCAAUAAGAUUGACAAUCUCUUGGUUGCUGUCAACAUUCAACUAUUUGUUCAUUAGGAGGGAGGAGAAAAGUGGUCACGAAGGUUGCAUACUUGAAUACACGGAUGUUUGGUGUAGUCGGGAUACAUAUGUUAUCCUGUAUAUUAGAGGUAUGUACUUAUGGUAUGAUUCCAUAUACAACCAACUCAAUCAAUUCAAUGCUGAGUAUCACUUUUUUUCUUCUGUUUCUCUGAGUUGUUGUCUUCUCCUCCGAGGUGGUUCAGGAGUUAUUUCUUCUUCUAGUUUUGACAUUGUUGAAGCUAUAUACUUUGAAGAAUGUUCUGAACUCGUAAAUGAAUUGAAACUGAUCCAUGUAAAUUUAUGUAAUUUUUAUGUGGG